ACCAAUAACUUCAUAGAAAUUUAUAUUUUGUAUUGCCUCGUGUUCGAUGGCUAAUAUACCAAGAUUGCUAAGCCACGAUUUAAUUUAUUGAAACUCAUCUCACAUGAAGCUACAGACACGCAACCGUCAUUAAUAAUUUCAGUGCAAAGACGCAAGAUUUGGUAGAGAUUCUGUAAAAUCCCAUUCUACAAUAAACUUUAAAAAAUCUAGAGCCACCCAAUCAGUAACCGUAUACAUAGAGCUGAGCUAGGAAUCCCCGAAAAAGAAAUUUUUGUGCUAGCGAUUUAUUUUUGAGAGACCAGGUGGGUGCCACCCCCAGCUUGCGCCCCCUGCUACGCCUAUGGAUGUUAUGUAGCAAUAAAGAAACGAAUUUGAAAAAACCGAAUAAGGGUGUUGUUAUUGUUGUAAGGGCUGAAAUCAGAAUCAGAAGUAAUUUAGAGAAUGCAGCCGAGUUGACAGUCGUUAGCCGGAUGAAAAUCCAGGACCGUUCCGAUUACGUAGACCCGAUUGUCGCGGCAACGUAAAAAGGAAGAGAUCGUUAAACGCGUGCGAAUUCUUGUUCUAUUAUAUAACUCAUGAUAUUAAUAAGCAGAUCCACUAUUCUUAAUAAAGCCUUCAAUGUCAAAAAUAUAUUAAAGUAUAAUCUUCGUCACAACUGUUAAAUAUUGUAACGUGAAAUUCCAUUAUUGGAAAACAACUAAUAUUUAAAGUUUACCAUUCUACCGCACAGCUUUUCUGGUGUCUUUGUCAAUAGCUUUCCUUUCCUAAAUUUUAACAUAAGUAUGUACUUACAUAUACACCGAAAUAUUUACACAUGCAUAUGUAUGUAAGUACUUAUUUAAGUUAUGACUAUAUUCAACAUAGAAACGGCAAUAUAACAAACAAAAAUGGGAACACAAACGAGUAGGUAUCAAAUGUUUUGAAAAAAAAAAUCAAAUUACAGUAAAUACAUAUAAUUUGUGAAACAAAUUUAUACGUGUAAUAUCUCAUUUAUAUAAACAAAUCCAGUGCAAAAUUCGCAGUUAUAUAGUAUAUACCAUGGCCGACGAAGAUGAGAAUAAGCAAAAGAAGCAUACUAUCGAAAGUCUCUUCCACUUGUAUGCAAACAAUAAUAUCAACACCUUAGACUUGGAAAAUGAGAUAUACGAGACCAUAUUAUUGUCCCAGAUCGAUUUUUGGUUGGAUCAAGCAAAAUUAUUAAAAACGGUAUUCACGAUGACCGAAACUGGCAUGGCUUACAUGAAAUUCAAAAAAUGGCGUUUAGACUUUGAGGAAUUUUUGGAUUUUUUAAACAUGAUUUGCCAGGGUAAAGAAAUUAAGGUUGAUGACAUUAAAAAAGCGCUACUCGAGGCUGGUCCGCCUGGCGGAGGCACUGAAAUCGUUGUGGUGAAAUAAGGAAUUUAUAAGUAUUUAAAUAAUUAUUUAAUAUUUACAUAUUUAAAAUAACUGAUUUAACCGCUCAAUUCAAAGUAAUUUCUUUGAAAGGAUAUUGUCCGAGUGGACUCACAUCAUUUAAAAGUGUCACAUUGCUGAGCAUUUCGCUACCCCAUGCUAGAAGUGACAGUGCUCAGAAAAAUUCAAUAAAAUUUACAAUAAUUAUCAAUAUAUAUAAAAAUAAAAUAAAAGUUCCUUUGGUUUUUUCGCGUUUAUUUACAGUAUAUCGUAAUAAUCUAAAUAUAAUUGUAUAAGUUUCAUAAUAUUUCAUUUAAUUAUAUAGUUAAUA